CCCUCACCACUGCUUGCUGCUGCCCUUCCCGGUUCCCGUUGGGUUCUCAUUCGCUCCUCAGCACCAUGAAGGUUGCCAUCUGGGCUUUCUUCUUCUUGUCAACCACGGUGGCCCUCUCUGCAGUGAAAACCAGGGAGGCGGUGAAGUUUUGUGGGCGAGAUUUCAUUAGGGCUAUCGUCUACACUUGUGGCAGCUCUCGCUGGAAAAGGGACCUUCAAGGGGCUCUUGAAGACGGAGAGGAAGGGAAAAAGCACUUUGAGGCGCCAAUCCAAAAUGGAGCUUCCGACGACAUCACGGACCUCCUCUACAGCAGCUCCCCCGCCGAUGACAUGCUCACGCAGGAGCAGCAGCCAGGGGGCGCUAGGCAGCGGAAGAGGCAGACCGAGGUGGCUGAUUUGGUCACUUUCUGCUGCCAGGUUGGCUGCACCAUCACAGAACUGAGCAAGCUGUGCUAGGGCGAAACCCAGCCGGGUGGGCAGUCGGGGCUUGACCGUGGCGGGCUCCUGCCCGCCUCUCCCAACACCCUGAUUCUUCUAAAAAGGGUGCCUUUCAAACCGACAAAUAAAGAAAUCAGCAAAUGA